AUGCUCGCACGACCGUCGACAAAGACCGCUACAGGUCUCGUAGCGUCGGCUACACGAAGCUAUGCCGUCCCAGUGUCCGCCACUGGCUGUUUGAGCUCGAGUCGCGACCCAAGAAGAUCCUACGCGACUGUACAAGACGCUACACCCAAGAAGAGACAAUAUGGAGGUCUUAAAGACCAGGACAGGAUAUUUCAGAAUUUGUACGGCCACCACGGCACCGAUCUAGCAAGCGCGAAGAAGUAUGGCGAUUGGCAUAAGACGAAAGAGAUAAUAUUGAAGGGUCAUGACUGGCUCAUCAAUGAAAUCAAAGCAUCAGGGCUACGAGGAAGAGGAGGAGCUGGUUUCCCUUCGGGCCUCAAGUUUUCCUUUAUGAACUUUAAGGGCUGGGAGAACGAUAAGAAGCCUCGGUAUCUGGUCAUCAACGCUGAUGAGGGCGAACCAGGAACAUGCAAAGACAGAGAAAUUAUGCGAAAAGAUCCUCAUAAACUCAUCGAAGGCUGCUUAGUUGUUGGACGAGCCAUGAACGCUACGGCUGCAUAUAUUUAUAUCCGAGGUGAAUUCUACCAUGAGGCAACAGUGCUGCAAAGGGCUAUCCAGGAAGCAUACAAAGACGGUCUUAUUGGCAAGAAUGCUUGUGGGUCUGGAUUCGACUUCGAUGUAUACCUUCAUAGGGGAGCAGGAGCAUACGUCUGCGGUGAGGAAACUUCGCUUAUCGAAUCUCUCGAAGGCAAGGCAGGCAAGCCACGUCUGAAGCCACCUUUCCCAGCUGCCGUCGGUCUUUUCGGUUGCCCAUCCACUGUCACCAAUGUCGAAACCGUUGCUGUUUGCCCCACAAUUAUGAGAAGAGGAGGGAAGUGGUUCGCUGGUUUCGGUCGAGAACGAAACCAGGGCACCAAGCUCUUCUGCAUCUCUGGACAUGUCAACAACCCAUGCACAGUCGAGGAGGAGAUGUCCAUUCCAUUACGAGAGCUUAUUGACAGACAUUGUGGUGGCGUUCGAGGUGGCUGGGAUAACCUUAAGGCUAUCAUUCCAGGUGGAUCAUCCACUCCUAUCUUGCCCAAGAAGAUGUGCGAUGACCAGUUGAUGGAUUUCGACGCUUUGAAAGACAGUCAAUCUGGUCUAGGUACUGCCGCCGUAAUCGUUAUGGAUAAGUCCGCCGAUGUCGUCAGGAUGAUAUCCAGAUUAUCAGCCUUCUACAAGCAUGAGUCGUGCGGCCAGUGCACGCCUUGCAGAGAAGGUAGUUCGUGGAUGAUGAAGAUGAUGCAGCGAUUCGAAAAGGGCCAAGCUAAGAAGCGAGAGAUUGACAUGAUGCAGGAGUUAACCAAGCAGGUCGAGGGUCACACCAUCUGUGCUUUGGGAGAAGCCUUCGCAUGGCCUGUACAGGGUCUCAUUCGGCACUUUAGACCUGAGCUUGAGGCAAGAGUAGAAGGAUACAAGGCCAAGGCAGGCGACGAGGUAUUCGCUGGUGGCUGGGAGCCGAACUCUCGAAGAGAUGGUAUGCUCAUCGCGCCUGGCCAAUAG